AUGAACAACGAGGAGAUUAGAGAACAUUACCUCCGGGAUUUCCCGCCCCGAGAGUACAGGGAGCUGGUACAAGCAACCGUUGGCGUCCGCUUAUUCUUCCUGAGGGAGCUUCAUUAUAUAUUCAACUCUCCGAUGUCCGACUCCUGGCGAACGUUGCUGGACAUUGGGUGUGGGCCCAAUGUAGCCAACAUCUUUCCCGCGUCGAGAAAGAUCCGUAGCAUUGUCCUCAGUGACCUGGUACCAAGAAACCGAGAGGAAGUAGAGAAGUGGAUUCAGAAGGCACCUGAUGCCAUGGACUGGUCCUUCAUGAGCGAACCACUGGCCAUCUUGGAAGGAUACAAGGACGCAAAAGUAGGAGCCAUGGACAUCGAAGAAAGAACACGCGGGGCGGUCAAGAAAGUCGUGCCCUGCGACGUCCUGGACCCGAAUGUCCUCCCAGAAGAACACAAGGAAGCCUUCGACGCCGUCCUGUCGAUCCUCUGCGUCCAGUCUGCUAGUCAAGACGAAACCACCCAUCAAGGAGCCAGUCGGAACGUCUCGAGCCUGAUCCGCAAGGGAGGGCACCUGAUACUGUGCGGUUUCGCCGGAUCGAGAGAGUAUCAUGUUGGCGACGUCACGUUCCCCGACUUUCACCUUUCUAAGGCCAUGGUGGAGGAUGCACUGAGCAGGUCGGGGCUUGAGGUCAUACGCUGGAGCUCCCUUGACAACCCGAUCCCCUCUGAAAGUCAGAAAAGAUGGGACUUCGCGUUCGUCGCCCUAGCCGAAAAGCUUUGA